GGGGCCUGAGGUGGGGGUGGUGUUUAUGAGGCGCUGUCGAUGCGGCCUCUUCACUGGCUCCCUGUCCGCGCGCCAUGGCGAGCGACUACCUGUUCAAGGUGCUGGUGAUCGGGGACUGCACGGUGGGGAAAACCUCCUUGGUGCAGCGUUACGCCAACGACAGCUUCAGCAAGAACUACAAGUCCACCGUGGGAGUGGACUUUGCAUUGAAGAUUGUACAAUGGUCCGACACUGAAACCGUUCGACUCCAGCUUUGGGACAUAGCAGGCCAAGAGCGCUUCACUUCCAUGACCAGAUUAUACUACAGAGAUGCUGGAGCGUGCAUUGUUAUGUUUGAUGUGACAAAUACAGCAACCUUCCGGAAUUGCCUUAAGUGGAAGCAUGAUUUAGACAGCAAAGUUGCUUUGGUGGAUGGAAGCCCUGUGCCAUGUAUCCUCUUGGCAAACAAGUGUGACUUGUCAGAAUGGGCAAUCAGCAGAAAUGAGAUUGAUCUGUUCAGUAAAGAAAACCAUUUUGUUGGUUGGAUUGAAACUUCUGUGAAAGAAAACAAGAAUGUUGCUCAAGCCAUGAGAGUAUUAGUAGAGUGUUUGAUGUCAAAGCCUAGUUUGGGAUCUCCGGCCCAAAACCAAGGGGAUUACAUUCAGCUAAGGGACGUGCCCAAAAGUGAAAGUCAUCAGAAUUCACCAUGCUGUUGAAAAAUCAUAACACUACAUGUGUCGAAGGAUUUUGUAUGACCACCGUGUCUUAAGCGUUAAAUUGACUAGUUUUCACCAGACUAGUUCUGGAGGAAUUCUGAACAUUGAAAUAUUGUAUGCUUCACAACCAUGUAAGUUGAUGCCAGUUUUUUGAUUAUUAGAUUGAUGUGAUCUUUAAUCAAAGUUUUAGACUGGUUAGUGGGCUAAAUCUACUAAAAUUCAGCUCUAGACUCCUGGUAGACAUAGGGUUAGAAGUCUAACUUUGUAACUUCACUACCAAUAGUAAUUCAUAAAGAUAUGGACUCGAACAAACUUAGCUUAAACCAAGUAAGGUUGACCUUCAGUAUUAUAAAUUUGUGAACUGUUCUUGGCAGUUGCUUUUUAAAUUGAUGUUUGAGCUCCUGUCCUAACUUUGGAGUUUGAUCUGGGGUCAGGGAUGACAAAAAUGAACAGCUCGCUCGAUUUCUGUUUCAAUGGUGAUGAAUUGUUCACAUCAUACAUGUGUAUUGUGCCAAUGCCUCUGGAAUAUUGUACAUAUCAAAUGAUGAACAUUCUGUACUAUACUUGAUUCAUGCUAUUGUACAUAUUGUAUUCUGUGAUAAGAGACUUUUACUUUUAAAAAGUAACAACUCAGAUAGGAUAUUGCAGACUUACCUCCACAGGGAUAGAAAUUUAACAGAUCCUAGGGAGCCUAAAACCAUUUGAUUUAAAGCAUGUUAUUACUAGCUUUUAUUACUGCAAUUUAAUGAGGCAGUAAAUCAUUUUAUUGAGCUCAUUUUUGGAAAGCAUCAAAUUAGCAAUUGUCUUUAGUGGGUUAAUGUGGAACAUAAGGCACACAUUACAAUGAGAGUUUUUUCAAAUCUUUUUAAUUAACUAUAUGUAUUUGUGUUUGCUGCAGAAUUGCAAUUCAUUUUUUGUAAGACAAAUAUUGCUUCAACUAAGAAGCUCCCCAGUCCAGUGCUGAUAUUCUGUCUUUAUUUAACCAGUCAUGCCAACACCUAGAUGCAGCUUUUGUGAGUGAUUGACUAUUAGUAUAUCUGUGCUGAAAUUUCUGGCAUCAGGUUUUAUAUUUAGCAUCUAUAUAAGCCAUACUGAAAUUAUUUUGCACAUUAUAAUUAUUUUGGGUAGAUAACAUUUUGGGAAUUUCAGAAAAUCUAAGGCCUGGAUUCUGAGUUUGACUAUUUAUUAAAUAUAAUUUCAUUGAAAGAAUUUGGAUUUAAUGAAUCAGGAAAAUCCAUUACAAUUUUGUUACUGUUGCCUUUAUUUCACCAACUUAGUGCCUUUUGAACAUUUUUUUUCCUAUUUUCUUCACAUUGGAAUCACUUUCGUUUUCUGUACCUGCAACUGCAGUUUCACCGAAUUAAUGUGCAUUUUAAUUGGUUUCUAAUGUUUAAAUUCCCCCCCUUCCUUACACAAUACUUAGCCAAGGUGACAUAGGAUUGUCUUCCAGGCCUUUUAGGGCUAAGAGUUAGCACUGAAGUUGGACUUUUAUACUGUGCUUUCUGCCCUGUCCAUAAAUCUCUUUAAUUUAAUUGUUUAUAAAUAGUGACUUUGGGGAAAUUUUUGAUAAUCACAUGAACAUUUUGAUCACUUUAAGGUUAUUUGUAACUUCUAGUAAACAAUUGUUGUAAAAAGAGCCUUCUGAAAUAGUUUUGAAUAAUCAAUAUUUAUGGCAGCUUUAGAAGUGAUUUGGGUGAUAUGGCUUGAAUUACCAGGUUAUAACUUACGGGUUGUCUUUGGGUACUAAUUCAUUUGAAAAGGUGAAUUCCUGUGUUGAGGUUUCUUUUGGGAUGAGAAUUUAUAUUAGAUUAAUCUACAGUCUGUAAAAUACAAGGGAAAGACUGAUCUUGUUGCUAUGAAAUAAUUCUGUUUUUAAUGCAUUUGCAAUGGUAUUAUGCAUAGCAUCCAGCAUAGUACUUCCCUCACAGCCUGCAGUCUGAAGUAGUUGUUGGCACAUUAAAAGGAAAUACAAUGCACGUCUUUUUUUUGAUAAUUGUGAUGUAGGCUAUGGUGUUCCUUUUUUAUAAUAAAAUCCCAAAAUAGUUGCUGGUCACCUCAUGAAUGGAAAGAAGCCCCCCACCCCCGGCCUUCCAGACCUAACAAACUCCGGAUAAAAUUUGAAUUGAGCUUCCUGCUCUCUCAGCUCUCUCUCAACUGUGUAUACAUUUUGUAAAGAAAAAAUGCAGGCUGUGAUUCUAAAAUAAUAGCUCAUCUCAGGACUAUGACUGUGGUGAUCUUGAUGAAAUGCUUCAAACUAGCAGCUUAUGCUGCCAUCUCAACCUUGAACUGCAUGCUUGUAUUUGUGACUAAGAAUGCAAUCCUGUUGAUUUACUUCUAUAUUUUGAUACCAUUAUGAACUUCUUGACAAGCACUUGUAUAGUAGUUUUUGCAUCCUUUAUUAUGCAAAAUGUAUAUAAUAUAUGUAAAAUAAAGAAUUUAUUGUUUUUUUUAA